AUGUCGCUAUCAUCGGUGAAAUUGACUCUCCAGCAGAAGCUGGACUUCCUGCCCGCCGUCGUAUCAAUCGUGCUCGCCGGCUUCUAUUCUCUCUUAACGGGUAUCUGGCGCACCGAGCGCGAGGCCAAGACCUUGUUCCUGCAUUUCGGCUAUGCCAUCUUCCGCAAGGCCACCGCACGGCUGUCGCCGACGCAGAUGCAGUACAUCCUGCCUUCCUCCGACAAGAUCUAUGAGCGGUAUACCAAGAAGAACCGGAUCCAGGCUCAGUCCGUGGAGUUGGGCUACGGUGCCCUCGGCCACUGGGUUGGCGACCGCAAUGCGACCAACGUGGUAAUCUGGUUCCACGGCGGCGGAUUCGGUCUGCCCGCCAACAUGGGCUACUUCAAGUUCUACUCGCACAUCGUGCGCGAUCUCGAGCGCGCCGGCAAAAGCGUCGCCGUCUUCAGCCUCACCUACACCUUGGCCCCGCAAGCCACUUACCCAACGCAACUGAAGCAGGCCGUCGCUGCCCUGCGCUACAUCCUCUCCCAGCCCGACCGCGACCCGGCAACCGUCUUCCUGGGCGGUGACUCCGCCGGCGGCAACCUCGUGGGCGGCGUUCUCUCCCACGCAGCGCACCCGCACCCGCAAAUCGAGGCAUUGAAUCUGAGCGGGAACCUCGGUGGCGCGGCCAUGAUCGCACCGUGGACCCUCAUGGACACGGACUUCCCGGACAUGGAGAUCUACCACGGCGGAGACCUGAUCACGCAGGCAGUCGCGCAGCCCUGGGCAUCCGCGUACCUGGGCAAUGCCCCGCGGGACAACUACACGGACCUGUCGAACGCACCGACCGACUGGUACGUGAACUUCCCGGUGAACCAGGUCCUGAUCACGGGCGGCGGGAACGAGAUCAUGUUGCCGAUUAUUCAGGAUCUUGCGGAGAAGUUUAAGAAGGGAUUCCCCAACGUGGAGUUGAUGGUGGGGCAUCGCGAGUGCCACGUUGCGCCGAUUUAUAAUCUCGAGCUCGGCGAUAGCACCGAGACGGAGCAGGGGAAGAAGGUCAAGUCGUGGUUGAGUGAGUUGGCCGUGUAA